AUGACGAUCAGCCGCAUCCCUCCGUCCGACACGGUUCUCGAGGCGUCGCAGAAUACGACAAUGACGAUUCCCCCACGGACAACUCUUAAAGAAUAUCUCGAUAAGAUUACGGACCCGUUAGAAGCGGAGCUGCGGACUCGUUACUGGCUGCCGCACAUCACGGAUAUCGAUCCCGACUCACCGUCGUUCUACUCCACGUUUUGCACAAAGACAAGCUGUCCGCUGCUGCCACUCGACAAGGGCGCGUCGUUCGUGGACUACGAUACGCACGAGCUGGGCACUACGUCGCUCUUCGUGCACGAUAACGACAAAGUGCUGCUCAAGACCGUCAAGUACUCGCAUCCCAUGACAGCCGAUGCCUCAUCCGAGGAGGAUUGCCAAUUUGUGCAGCACUGGCUGGUGCGAGCGGGGGCGAGGCCGCGCAUAUUCUUCAAGCCACAGGACGUGCGUGCUGCUGUGGUGACGUGCGGGGGGCUCUGCCCUGGACUCAAUGACGUCAUCCGACAGGUGGUGAUGACACUCAACACGUACGGAGUGAGUGACAUUCGAGGCAUCAAGUACGGCUUUCGGGGCUUCUUUGAUUCCUCCCUGCACAUACCGCUGAACCGAGCAGUGGUGGAUAACAUUCACCUCAUGGGCGGAUCGUUUCUCGGAGUUUCUCGAGGGGGCUCCGACACCCUUGAUAUUGUCGACUCCAUUCAGAAGGAGGGGAUCAACAUGCUGUUUGUGAUUGGUGGAAACGGCACCCAUGCCGGAGCUCUUGCCAUUCACAAGGAGUGCUACAAGCGCGGUAUGAAGGUGGCGGUGGUGGGCGUGCCCAAGACCAUCGACAACGACAUUCUGCUGCUGGACCAGACGUUUGGCUUCGACACUGCUGUGGAGGAGGCUCAGAGGGCGCUACAUGCCGCCUAUGUGGAGGCAUCCAGUGCGUACAGGGGCAUUGGCAUUGUGAAGCUGAUGGGGCGGCAGAGCGGUUUCAUUGCCAUGCACUCCUCGCUCGCCAGCGGGCAGGUUGACAUGGCGCUCAUACCCGAGGUGCCGUUCUGUCUGGAGGGGCCCAACGGGGUGUUGCAGCAUCUGGAGUAUCUCCUGGACCGCCAGGGCCACGCCAUCAUCUGCGUGGCAGAGGGCGCAGGGCAGGGCCACGGCAUCAUCUGCGUGGCAGAGGCCGCAGGGCAGGUGAGGGGUUUCAUGGGGACGUUUGAGGUGAAUUUGACAGUUGAAGUGUAUGCUGACCAGAAGUCCUCUUGA